UAUUUUCACGGUCUAUCGCUCUAAAUUUCUUCCCUUCUUUCCCUUUUUUUUCUCUCUCUAAAAACCCUGUUUAUAUUUUUUAAAUUUCCCAUUUUUGACCCUCUAAAACCCUAAACCUCCUUCUUCUUGUUCCGAGAUGUUGAUGUCCAGGGCUCUGUCACGCGUCUCAAGGAGAGUUGGUGCACGCUCCUUGCUUCUCUCUGCUCCGAAGAGCUUUCAAUCUCCAAGCCUUUCCACUCAGUUUCACUCUCUUGUUAGUGAAUCUCCGAAUAAGGUGAUUACAAACGAUGUGUGUUUGCUGCAAAAUUCGAACCUCCAUUGGAACGCUUUCCGACGAUUUGGGAUCUCUUCGUCAGCCUCACCCGAGCCUUCUGAAAAGGAACAUGGGAGUGCCGUAGACAAUAAUGGUCAAGAUCCUGUGAAGCCGAGUGAGGAUACAAUUCCUGGAGAAGCUGAAGCUACAAAAGAAUCAGGUUUUAACUCAGAAUCCCAAAAUACGAUGCCUCAAUCUGAUAAAAGGAGGAGAAAAGCUGCUAAACGAACCGCGUUUUCUGAUUCAGAUUCCGAGAGUGAUGGUGACUUAUCGAUGGCUGAUAUGGUGAAACUCGUGGAGGAAAAAGAAGAACUCUUGAAGACCAAGCAAACGGAGAUUGAACAAAUGAAGGACAAAGUUGUUCGAACUCUUGCAGAAAUGGAGAACGUUAUGGCUAGGACAAGACGGGAAGCGGAGAACUCGAAAAAAUUUGCAAUUCAGAAUUUCGCAAAGGGCUUACUUGAUGUUGCGGACAAUUUAGGAAGGGCUUCUACACAUGUUAAAGGUAGUUUCUCUAAGAUCGACGAAUCCAAUGACACUUCUGGAGCUGUACCGCUCCUUAAAACACUCUUAGAAGGAGUUGAAAUGACUGAGAAGCAGCUUGGAGAGGUAUUUAGAAAGUUUGGAGUGGAAAAAUUUGAUCCUACAAAUGAACCAUUUGAUCCACACAGGCACAAUGCGGUAUUCCAAGUACCGGAUAAUUCCAAGCCUCCUGGCACGGUUGCUCAUGUUUUGAAGGCAGGUUACAUGCUCUAUGAUCGAGUUAUUCGACCGGCUGAGGUCGGUGUUACUCAAGCAACGGAUGAUGGUGCAACCGAGAAUAACACGGGCGACAAAGUCUCUGAUGCUUGAUUGUAGGUUAAGUUGAGUUUUUAAUGGCAAAUUUUCAAGAACUUUGCCUAUGUGAUAAAAGAACUAUACACAUAUGAAGGGUUUUCAUGUUAAGAUUCAUCUAUAUUUUUGGUCAUCAAUCUCUUGUUUAGGGUUUGGGUUAUGAAUGAACUACUUCUUGACUCGAUCAUUAUCGAGCUGAGCUAAACUUAAGCAAUUCGAGCUAUCAAGUCGGCUGUAACGAGGUGUUUUGAGUAACUGAUAAAAUUGAUCGAGUUUUUUAAA